CUAGCGGUAGGCGAGUGAAGAAAUGAAAGCGAAGCAGUCUCGAAAUGGAUGCAGUCUACCAAACUCACCGACAAUGUUGAGAUUUGAUUUUGGCACGAAGAUUACGCCAAAUCGCUCAUAUGGAUUGGCAACAUUUUCCUUGGAAUAGAGAAAUUAAGUGUCGAAAUGUCAAUGGAAGACAGAGGUGGUCUGCAAAAGUCCAGAGAAAUAGAGACAAACUGAUUUUAUACAUUUCCAACCAUGGAAAUCGAUAAUGGUGCSGUGAGAGAAGGUGUGUUGGUACCUGUGCUACCAGGUUCGAAAAACUUCGACAACAGCAUUCGGCCUCCACUGCAAAACUCGUACAUGUACAAGGAGUCUAAGCAGUCUUUUAGAUACAACUCUGCUUUCUUGAUAAACAAUGCUACUCUGCAGGAACGGUAUGAGGCUUUCCGAACAAAGAGGAGAGACAUGGGAUACUCAGAGGAAGAAAUGGAGGAGUCCUAUGGCUUCUUGCUGUUUGACGACGAAAAUAAGGCAAAUAAAGUGGGAGAAACUGGUGUUGUCCCUGGACACAGCACAUGUACCACACUUGGAGAUCCUUCAAAGGGUGUGUACGUGUCCAAGUACUCGGACUGCCUGGACUUAAACCGCUGGUACCACGGGAAGUCUGGGUACAUCGCCAUCAUCAAGCUCACCAAGGGCAGGGUCAGAGAGGUGACUGAGAACUACACAGUAAACUACACCUCUCCCUCUAAUGAGUUUGACUGUCAUGUAUCAGAGCAGCUCAGUUCUGUGUCAGCCAACACCAGCUCCUUCCUGGCCUUCGAGAGAACACAGUACUACAUGUAUGAGCUGCCUGUUGGAGGGGCAGUCCAGCCUCCCAGCCAUGUCUGCCCAUUCGCUAUCGUGGCUUUCUCCUAUUGGGAUACCAAGACAUCCGCAUCAGAGGAGCAGGAGAAAAGUGAGGAAGAAAAAACAGUCUUUCACUACUAUCCGUGGAGGGGCCAGCUCCAAAUCAGCUCUCAGAUCUACCAUGUGGGUCUGAAGUCCAGCACAGGACCCCUAAUCCCAGCUAAACUUCCAACAAUGAUGUCAGUUGACGGAGCAAUUCAAAUGUCAGAUCUGAGGCAGAAAUUACCGAAGGCUAUAUUUGAAACCUGCUUCUCUGGUGAAGUGUCUCUGGAAGGAAUGGGUUGCAGUCUGUAUGAGCUUGCACCCAGUGAGGCUGAAGACACCUCUCUCUCUCAGCUCACACAGGACCUCAAGGAGAAAGACCUGGCCCUCACAAUACAACUGAAUGAUAAUGGUUUUCUUAUACUGUUACAUUCAUCUCACUUCCUCACAUAUGAAGAUACUGGGUCCAGUAAGCCAGAGGUAUUGCAGGGGAUGUUUGUGUUUCCAGACUCCAGAGCUAUACAUAGAGACACCAAGGUCUGCUGGAAGAAGCCCUCCCUCUCACCAGAGGUCCUCCAGGUGGUGCCUGCACUGAACUACGCAGAGACAGAGGUGGAAAAGUGCCUCCCUUCACCAAGUGGGGAGCUACGUGGUUUACUAGAGCAGCAUAUCCAGAGCUACGCUUCCCUCAUCCACCCUGGGCUUACCAUCAGUCCAUCCAGGGAGGCCAGCAUCUUCCCAGAUCAGUUUGAUGUUCCCGACGCCCUCAAAUACCUCUACUCCGCCCCCAAGUGGACUGAGAUGGGAUGGAAACGUCUCAGAUCUUAUUUCCACCAGCCAGGCUCCUUUGAGCUGUCGGUGUCCAGAGCCACGGAGCUUCUGGUGGCAGGGCGAGAGGAGCGAGGAGAUGAGCCGGAUGAUGAUGUCUACUACUGUCUGUCAUCUCCAGAGGGGUCCCCCAUGAGUCCUGCUAGUCUGGGUGGCCCAGAGGAGCAGCAGUCAGGGGGAAAGGCCCCAGGAGACACAGCUGACACAGCAGCAGACUUUAGUAAAGCACUUGUAGUGUCAAUGGAGGACUUUGAGAAACCUGGUAAGACUAUGGAAGACAGUAAUGCAUCAGACAAAGCAGUAAAGGAAGGGAAUAACUUGCUUUCGAAGGAAGUGCAAGAAAGGUUGCCCUCGGAUCUUAGCAAGCCUCUAAUCCCUGCAGACGAUUUUGGGAAACCUGGCUUGAACAAGGCACACAGUAAUGCACCAGGGAUAACUUUGCCUCCAAAAGAGGUGCAGGAGGAGCUCCCCUCUGAUCUUUUUCAGCCUUCUGUGUCGGCAGAUGACUCUGAAAAACCUGGGAAGACCAAGGCUGACUGUAAUGCACCAGGGGUAAGAACAGAGGAUGAAGGGACAAGUUUGAUCCCAGAGGAGGUUGAAGUUGAUGUACAAGAAAAGGUGCAUUCUGAUCUUUUACAGCCUGCAGUCUCUGCAGAGGACUUGGGGAAAGCUGACCUGGCAGCAUUGGGCAAGGCAGACUGCAACGCAUCAGAGGUAGGAGUAGCGAAUGAAGAGACUAACUUGUACCUGAAGGAGGUGCAAAAGGAUAUGCCCUCUGGUGUUUCACAGCCUCCAGUCUCUGCAGAGGUCUUGAGGAAACCUAGUCCGGCCCUGGCGACCAAGCCCAAUAGCAAGGCACCAGAGGCAGGCGUAGAGGAUAAUGUGAGAACUUUGCCUCAGAAGGAGGUGCAAGAGGAGGUUCCCUCUGAUCUUUCCCAGCUUGCAGUGUCGGCAAAGGCUUUUGGGAUAGCCAGUAUGAGAGUGAUGAAAAAGGCCACAGAGGUGACAGAGGUUUCAACCUCACCUGCAUCAGGUAACCUCCCAACAGUGUUAGUCAUCACUGCCACUGAAAGAACUGCAACCGUUUUACCUCACAAUGAGAACCUUGACUUGAUCAACACAGAGUCCACCACAAAUAACUCCUCCAGUUUGCCUUGUGCCAAAGUACAGGAUAAGGGCGGAAGUGCUCUCAAUGGGCAACGUGGCAAGGCCAAUCAGCCUUCAAAACCCACAGAGGUCAGUCAUUCCUCUAUAUCUGAUUGGAGGAAACGGCCAAGGAAACGUCAUAGAUUUAGCGGAUUGGGUAAAAGGAUCUUGAGGUCUACAGUGGCUGACUUUGAAGCGAAAGAAAAAGAGGACAUGGAAAGUAUGGAUUCAAGUGAAGUCUACCUAUUGAAAAAGAGGAAGGAACGGAUGGAUUUAAUUCAAGUUAACCCAUUGCAAAAGGAGGAAAGGAUGGAUGUAACCCAAGUUCACCCAUUGAAAAUGCCAAGAGAACUGAUGAAUUUGAUCCAAGAUCCCCCAUUGAAAAAGAAGGAAAAGGUGGAUGUGACCCAAGUUCACCCAUUGAAAAUGCCAAGAGAAUUGAGGAAUUUGAUCCAAGAUCCCCCAUUGAAAAUGAAAAGCAAGGAUUUAAUCCACUAUCACCCAUUGAGAAAUAAAGAAAGUAUGGAUUUGAUUCAUGACGACCAUCCAUUGAAAAAGAAGACAGAACGGUGGGACUUGAAGGCAAUCAUCUCCGAAUGCGGUAGAAUCUUUGUCCCUCAUGGUUCAGAAGUUAUCGCCAAGGAUAUAGAAUCAUUGAAAAUUAAGGGGAAAGUGUUAGAUCACAAACAAUGUGCUGACGAGAUGAUGGUUGAAGCUUGUAUCAAAGUCCCCCAACCCAUAGAAACAGGAGAUGGACCUAACCUAGAGUUGAACAAGUCAGAUGAGAACAAAGAUUUGCCCAUAGGGAUGUUAGACAGUAAAGACAGUCUGCAUGAGGUCAAAAUGGCUGAUGUAGGCAAGAUGGCCUCUCUGAAUCCCUCAGAACUGGUCCUGAACAAAGACACGGAUUCUCCUUCCUCAGGAAAACACAAAAAGAAGCGUCAAUAUGUCGCAAUAUCCCUCAGUCAACUAAAGACAGUUCUUUCAAGAGGGGGAAAGCGGAAUACAUCCAUCAAUCCUGCUCCAGAAGAUCAAACAUCACCCUUGAACAAGAAAAGCAAGGCUGAUACUCCUGGCAUGGAUAAAAUGGAAAAUGAUAAUAUCAACAAAGCCAACCCGGACAGAACCACAGGUGCUGUUGAAGUUGCAAAGGAACAGACAUUUGGCCUAGACCCAAAGUUUGCACUAGCAUUAGGCUUGACUCCUACGGAGUUGCAUAAUGACGCACACAAAUCUCCAGAAAAAAGUGAUAUUCCGUUAAAGAAAGAUAUUCAGGACAGACUGGACCUGGUCCCACCUCAAGCCACAUCUGACCAAACAUCUGAGGCUUUGCCUAGCUCACCUUCAACAACAAUCAUCUCGGCGAGUGAGAGGAGACCAUUCAAAAAGAAACACGAGCAUGCAGACUCCAUUAGGAAAAAAUGGUGGUUGCAUUAUCGCUCACCAGCUUCUUUAGAAAGUGAGAAAGUAGCUAUAUCCUCCCAACUAGUGACACUUGACCCGGAUGACAGCCGUGUUGUUAGUAGGGGUAGGACCUGUGCCAGCACUGUAUCAUGCCCACCUGCAGAUUCUCUGACCCUAUUGGUUAAUUUGGCUCGCAGUACCAGUAAUGACAAAGUACUGGAACAACAGUCAGACCCAAAGGCUCUUGAGAAACAAGAUGACCACCCAAGUUUGGUGAUAAGUGACAACAGUGUCAAAGAUGGCGUCUCUCCUCAUGAUCCAGAUGGUGAGCCAGAGUUUGUCCUUCCUGCUCUGCUGAAGCACCCUUCUACUGCUAGGCUUAAACUCCUCCCUCAGUCUCCGUCACCCAAGGGGCUGGUAGUGGGGAGUGGGGAGCGGGUUGUGUUAGUCUCACACGAACAUUCAUACUCACUGCCGCCAUCCUCUCUACUAUUGGGUUUGUCAGGUUCAAUCCUUCAAGUCCCAAUUUCGGAGGGACUUCAGCAGCAUCGCAAGGAUAUCUUUGCUGACGGAUCUCAAACACUACGGGCCUUCCUGUGUCAGCAGAAGGACCAGAACAGGAAGGAACCCGGAUUGGCUCCGGAAUCCCUGAGCAAAGGAAUCGGGUGCAAGCAGAAGUUCCAUCGCUUCCGGCAGUUCAUUGAAAAAGAUGGCUCAGUUCAAGUGACAAGGCUGUGGAAGGAAAACUACAACUUUAAUUCAGACAGCAAGUUUACCAACGACCCUAAGGAUAAAACAGUUAUUAGAGCCCUACAUGGCCCAUGGGAUUUUGACAUUAAGGACACAAAGGAACAGGUUCAGCUCAUUAUCCACAUGUGGAUAGGUCUUUUCUACAGCAGGUCCACUGCGAGGUUCUGCCAGGCAGACUCGACUCUAACAUGUUUGGAAAAAAAGGAUUCUACAGAAGUGGGUCAUGGAACGGUACCAGCCCAGGUUCCACCUGAGACCAAGACAAGUUCCCCUGCUUAUAUAGCCCUCUCCAGGAUACCAGAACCUGAAGUUUUGGACCUUAGUAACAUGGGUAAAAAAGAAGCACAACCAUUAAGCCUGGAAGCUGAGGUAUUGGACCUUUCAAUGAAAACAACCUCAGCUGUGCUAGUCUCUCUAGACACAGAGUCUAAGCAGAGAAUAGAUUGUAAAAAUCAACCAUUAUACCGAAAAGCAACUGGCCUGCACAAGGAAACCAUCUCUUGUCCGAAACGAAGUACAGGUGUUGAGUUAAAGGUUUACAGAGACCGUGUGGACAGCAUGAUGUCAGAAAAAUCAAGUGACCUGGGUGAUGAUGAAGACUAUGAAACCAACAACCAUGAGAAUGACAGCAAGGGUACCCUCCAAAAUGGUGUGUCCCCUUACGAAAGAACUUUGGAAAGUGAUCGAUCGUACAUACUUCUGUGUGAACAGGCAGCAAGUGUGUACAUUCAUCAAGAAAAGCUCCUGGAGACUGAAACUGCUCAGGUUUUGGAGGGCAACAACAAAAAGCUCAUCCAAAAGGAGGAGGAGAUGACGGGUGAUGGAGAACCAAAUGCAGCGUGUCUUAAAACCAUGGGCUCUAAAGAUGUCAAUAAGGAGCAACAACUUAAAGAUAACGAUUCAGUCAAAACAAUGCCAUACACAGAAGUGCAGAUGGAUGGUGAUGCUGUCAAUAUGGCUGACACAGUUGAGAGUAAUGCAAAUGAAGCCAGAGAUGGGGCUCACGUUGUCAUCUGUGAUGGCAGUGAGUCAAAAGAGGAGAUGCACAAAGUAGAUCACAACGUGAAGGAUUCUGUUGAAGCCGCAAAACCAGAAGCAGUGCAUACUGGGAAAGAUACCACAAACAAGGAAAUCACUAAAGCACAAACUGCUGUGCAUGUUGGGAAGGAUUUCAUUGAUAAAGAUAAGGCACUCAAAGCAGUGCACAGUGAAAAUGUUCCCAGAGAUUAUGGAAACACCAAAGACCAGGUGCAAACUGCAAUGCAGGAUGGGAAUGAUACUAGAGAUGAGACCCUACCAGCGAUGAUUUGUGGAGAAGAUUCAGGAGAUAAAGCACCACCUGUGGUGUGUGAUGGGAAUACGUCUGUGGCUGAGGCACUACCAGAGAUAUCACAUACUGACAUUGAUUCCCAAAAAGCAACACUGUCAGUGGUGCAUGGUGGAAAUGAUCCGAGAGAUACGACACUACCUGUGAAAUGUAAUGGCAAGCUGUACAUAGACGUAGAACCCACUGUAGUGCAUGAUAUAAAUGGUUCCACGGAUGAGGAACUACCAAUGGGGCAGGUUGGGGAUGUUUCUGCUGGGACUAGCAGGGUACUGCCAGAAAUGCAUGGUGAGAUUAAAUGUAAAGAUGAUGAACUGCCCACGCAAGUAUUUMCAGUAUGCGAUGGGAAUAUGCCUUUUGUAGGCGAGUUUGACACACUCAUUCAGCCCAAUAAUGUUUUAGGAGUGGCUAAACAUGAAAUAGAUGAGGCUGAUGUAGAAACUAAASAACAGGAAAAAGAAUUGAUGCAGGGUCAGAGUAAAUCUGAUGAUGUCACAACUCAAAGUUCCACAACAUUCCCGCCAGGGUCCCAACAUUCUCAAGACGAGACAUCAGAAAGACUGACAGGUCAGGUGGAAAUACCACCGAUUCCCAGGGAAGACAUCGCACACACAGAUGUUCUACAUUCAAUAGGUGAGGCAUCAGAGAUGGCGCAAGGUCAGGUAGAAAUUCCAUUUAUUGGAGUAGAAAUACCAUUCAUUGGAGUAGAGAAGGAUAGCCAGGAUAUUAAUCACACAGAGGUGCAUGAUACUCACYCAAGUCAGAAAGAGACACUGAUCACAGUCUGUGAUAGUGCUAAUGUGUUAUCAGCUGAAAUGCUAGCAAAAAUAGUUUCAAAGGGAACAGAAUCAGUCAGUCGAUGCCCAACUGUGGAUGAGGUGCUGUAUGGUUACAUCCCCAUUCCUGACAUCUGCAGCGCCUCCUUGGCCAUCUGCGAUGCCGAUGGGGUCAGCAAACCCCUCAGCACUGGGGAAGGUUACAGCAGAUGCCCAACUCCUACAGAAUACGAGCCACCUUUCGUUCCAGGAUUUUCUUAUGUCCAUCACACACCAAACACUGUUUUGUUGCCCAAUGCGAAAGACACCAACAGUYCCAACCUCGAUAGUGGUCUUGCGCUCAUUGAAAAUGAAAAGGAUCAUCAUGAACCAAGUCUUAGUCUCUAUAAAGCUAGGGCUGCUACUGGGUUGCACAAGCUGCAUGAAUCCAGCAACAAUAACAAACCAAAUAAUCUGGAAGCCAUUGAUAAUCAGUUCUCUCAAAUAUUGGCUGAUCCUCGCAAGAACCCAAUCGCCACUAGCACACCUCUCAACACUCCCUCAUCUUCUUUAAAGGAAAGAAGCGAUUACGAUCCAUAUUCAAAUAUGCGACUUGCCGCUGUUGAACCAGACCUGCAUGCUCAUUCAAGUCGCCAUUUGCUGCAUAGUUUCUCUUACUCCUUUCCCAACACCCACUGUUCCUUAACAGAGAAAGCUGCCUUCUCUGUGCCAUCAAUCCACCCGGAAGUUCUGUCCAAUGAAAUAACAUUAACUGGGAACUUUAGUGAAAUCGCYUUAGAAAGAGAGACUUGUUUGCGUCCUGCCUUAAGUGAGCUCAUCCUACAGUCCACCCGUCUGAGUAUUCCAGCGGGCAGUGGACCUACAGCAGCUUCUCAGAACCUUUCAGUGCACAGUUUUACUCAGCCCCAGCCAAACAGCCAGCAACCUGCCAUGAUUGUGAAUCUCUCCAAGAGUGAGGACAGCAGAGGACAGUACAACUGGGAAGAAGGACAAACAGAUAUCGAUCCUAUGUCUUCAGAUGUCCUAAAAAGCAAACAAACCGAUACCCCUGUCCGCUCAAACACUAAUGCUCACCCUUAUAACACAGAGUAUGCCAGAGAGAUGAGACAGAUUGCAGUUUUGCAAGAUUAUGAGGAUGUUAUGGCUGAUGAGGAUGUUAUGGGUGAAAAUGAGGCGCCUUCUGUAGAUAAAGACAAAAUUGAAUCCAGUUUAGAGACCAAUUGGAUAUCAGAUGACAAACAUUUAAGAAGUAAAUUCCGGUUGAAUAAAACAAGACUUGACUUCAUCAACUCUUUACGCCAGUCUCAGGAAUGGGAGCAAAGGGAAUUUGAUGGGGUUUUGGACUUCAGCAAGCAAGGCAUUUCCUCGUCGGUCACCUUCCAGUCUGAAGAAUCAGRCAAAAUACUUUCCCGUAUGGAAGAGAACCAACAGGAGUGGUUAAAGUAUUGUAGGGCUACAAGGAGUGGCAGCCAGAUGGAUAKGACCAAGGAAGAAGACUCCUCAGUGGCAAAGCCACGCUUAGUUACCGUUUUGGAUCACAAAGGAAACAGAAUCACCUAUGAAAACUAUCCCGUUUUGAAACCUACAGCAAGCAUGCACACACGGACAGUUCCUGACUCAAACAGACAGGGCUUGAGCAGUUUUCUGGAGUUCUCCAAGAGGUGGGAUGAUACACAUAACGCUGAUGAAUCUGAUCUUACACAGUCAUCUAUGGAUCUGGAGACCCUCAUCUUCUCAGAGAGAAUGAACCAGAUGCUAAAACGUAAGAGUAGUAGCAGCAGCAGGUACAUCCGAUCGAGACACCGCAGGUCAAACGUAGAAGAAAGAGCUUCCACCAGUAGCCCGGCUGUGACAGUGCACUUUUCCAGUCUACAGGAGGAUCAGGACGGCUCCGAGGAGCACUGGGAGGCGAUACCGUCACUUGCAGGACAAAAGAUCMGAGUGGAGAUGCCUGAAAGGAUGGCUAUGCCUGAAGAAACAGAUGGAGAACCUCAGCAUCUUAAGAAAUUGUCCUGUACAAAGGGCAGUGAGAUGACGCAUGUAAAAGUUUCAGAUCUGGUUGUGGAUAGUUUCAAGGCGUACCAUGCUAUGAUGACCGAGGUCUGCGCAGGCAAAAAAUACCCAUCCAGAACUGAGAGACUCAAGAGGGAAGAAGCAAAGAGAAACAGUUCGCCAAAGUCUCGAGCUCCAAGCAAAGACUUCUGUGGGCAGAUGAAAGAGGACAUGUAUGACAGCCUGCAUGAUAAUCUGAACUCUGUUGUGAGACAGUCAUGUAAGAACAAAUUCAGGUUCUACAUUCUGGUGACAUCAUCUGACCCAUUCUUCAGAGAGACGAAGGAGCUGUUAGAAGCAGAGGGCCACAUUGCGGUAGAACAGUCUCAAUUCUGCCUUGGAAAGGAAAGUCCAUCCUGCCCUCUACACAUCAUCUUAAGGAACGAAGAUAUUGCUGAACACAUUUGUGAGGUCCCUCACUUGCUUGAGUUAAAGAAGUCUCAGAAUGUGUUGUUUGCUGGUAUUGACCGUCCUGAUGACAUCGUGAACCUGACCCACCAAGAACUCUUCGGCAAAGGCGGUUUUGUGGUGUUUGAGGGAGCAGCUCUGCACACACUCAGUCUCAGCAACAUGAAGAAAAUGUCUGGUUUCCUGGAGGGACUGAGUAAAAAAGGGAAGUGGAAAUGGCUGUUGCACUACAGAGACAGCCGGAAACUGAAAGAGAACGCACGGUCUAGUGUGGAAGCACAGGGCAAAAAAAUCUUCAUGGAUGUCUGCCAGGAGGCUGGAAUGGUGGAGGUCUUACCCUACCAUGAAUGUGAUGUCAUUUCAAGGGAACGACCCAACUACCUCCACUGUCUAGUUCGCCUACAGGUCCAGAAUGUAUCGGCUCGUUUACCUGUAUUUAUAACUGACACAACGGCAGACAAAGCGUUUGCAAAACAUGGGAUCUUCACAAUGAAUAUUAACUCUUUCCUGCUGAUUUCUCAGAGUGACACAUGCACUAUUUCUUAAGCUGAUGGGGAAGCUGUCCACAGAAGUCCUCAGUACAUCAAAAUGCAAUAACAUUAUAUUUAUAAAGCCCUUUUUUUAGUUGUCACAAAGUUGUCAAAGUGAUUUAAAUCAACCCGACCAAGAGGCCAAUGAGCAGCGGCAAAGAAAUACUCUAAGGAAACCUUCAAACCUCGAGAGGAACCACUCAGRAGGAGGAGGCCCCUUUAAGAAAUAAACAUUUGUAUUCCAAAAUCAACUUUUUAGGGAAUUCUUGGGCGUUCUCUCAGAAGUUUAAUACAUACUGACGAUCUAACCCAGAUCUAAAUAAUCGUCCUGGACAGAUACCCAAAUAAUACUUUUUUUGUUGUUGUUUAUAUCAAGGCUAAAAACAUUUACUUAGAUCAACGUUUUGGUUCCUUUGUGUAAAUUGCCUUUAAUUUCAUGUAGAUAUAUUUAUUCGUAAUAUUUUUUUUAUAACAGGUAGAUUGUGUAUAGAUUAACAUCUGCUUCAGCAUUAUAUUUCUUCAAUUGUGUAUUUAUAUGUAUGUUUGUAAAGACAUUUAUUGUACUUUUGCGAUAUAAAGAAAUUGAAGUAG